CGUUCCGGGAUCGACCGAACUUCGUCGUAACUUCUAAAUAUGUUCAAUUUCCGUCCGUAUCGACGAAAAUAACGCGAAGAACAGUGUGAUUCAUGAAAGUGAAGUUCAUAUACAUAUGCUCUUACAUUUCAUCUGUCAAGAUAACAAGUGAGACAUACAUACGUAUUGCAAAAGUCUGUUUGAAAGAGGUGCGGAGAUCUUAUCGUUAUUAUCAGCACCGCAUUCGAUAUACUGACCUCAGUUUAUAGACACGCAUUUUUCGUUCGGUCGAACAAUAUGAAUGAUCGUGGUUGACACUUGUGAGUCACAUAAAAUUUUGGCAAAUGUACAAAGAAUUCGCCCUUCGCUAAAUACAUAUCGGAAUCGUUGAGCUGAACGUCUGUAUAGAGGUGUUUAGGAUAUAAACAUAUCGGUAAACAAAAUGUAAUCUAUUCAAUGGUUGUUCCAAAGUUUUUACAUUCAUAUGUAUAUAUACUUUUUGCAUUUAUACACAUGCAUAUUUGUAUUUUAGAAUUAAAUUAGAAAAGUUAUUCUCGAUGCAGAAAAGAAGUAUCACUGGAAAAGAUAUCCUAAGAAUGGAUGGUCUUUUACCACCAACAAGACGCUUGCCUGUCUGCGAUGCAGUGACCUCAUCCGAUAAGAAAAAAGAGAAAAAAUGGUCUAUUGGUGGUAUUUUUAAACGAAUAUCUGCAAUCAGGGAUUACGAUAGUUCCUCCAAUGAAGAAGAAAUGGUGUAUUGUACGAGGCAACCAAGACCUCGUACAGUGUUUAAUCGAAAAUCACAUAAUGUUAUUCUUCGUCCAGUCAAAAACAAUUUGCAUCAGCAUUUAGAUAAGAAUAGUUCCACUAAUACCACAGCUACAAACUCAGUAGAUACGCCAAGUUUACAAAGGGACUUUGCACACUCCCGUAGCAGUGAUGGAUCGUUGGAUGGUCUGAGCAAAAAAACGCGUAAAAGUAAAUUAAAAGCUCGAAUAGAAGCAAAAAGAGAUCGCAUUUGUGCAGAUAGCAGUUCUGACGAAGAGUCACGGAAAUCGUGUAAUUCGUUGCCGAGAUUUCAGAACGAGACCCCUGCGCAAAAUGUGUUGAAAAAUAGUUCCUCUAAUAAAAAAAGUCGUACCGCGCGUACGGAACGGUACAUAAAACGUUUAUCGAGAGAGGAGGGUCAUAAAUUACCAGAAAACUUGAACAGUGUAACUAACAAACGCAGCAGCCUAGACUUUAUGGAUGGAAAUCAAUCUUUUGAUACGGAUGCUAGUGAAUUAUUUCAGCCUCUGCUGCAACCACAGCGUUCAGUUUCCCAAUCUAACAGUUAUACUUUCCCAGUGCAAAGAUCCGUUGAAAAUUUACGUCAAUCAACAGCGUCUAGUUUACAGACAAAAUCGUCCACUGAUCUCACAAAACAAUCUACAAAUCGAUACAUUACGGAUUUAAAUCAAAAUAACACGUACGCAAAAGCAAAUAUUUCGCAAGAUGGUAGAAAUUACGCAAAUCGCGACAAUAGUAAUUAUUUUUCAAGUUCGCCUAUAACUAACAGCGAUUAUGCGAGACCUUAUAAUUAUUCAAGAAACAAUCACUAUCGAAGUUCCUCCCCACCAGAACCACCGCCAAGAGAUCUACGCUCUAAAGUUUUUACAUACGGUUGUAAUUCCUUUCCAUUGAAUGGAAAAUAUCGACUAUCAAAAUAUGACGAUAAUACGGGCUCAAAGGUGAAUAAUAUUCUCGAAGCGUCGAGAGACCAUUUAAAGGGCUUGAGAUCGUACGAAUCGAAUAACGAAAUCAGGUGGUGUGGUUCGACCAAGCAAUGUCCACGACGUCCAUUGUCUCUAACGGUAACUCCAACGCAAUCGUGUAAUUUAUCAGAAUGUACAAAUAAUAGACAUAACUCGACCGGUAGACACAUAGACGAAACCAUCGUUCACGAAACGGAAGCAAUGAAGUGCCAGAGAAGGAACGUCCGGAACGAUCAACUUAAUUCAAGGUUUAACGAUUACAACGUUAAGAUACGCGAAAAGAAAACAUCAACGCCCAGUGCCCAAAAUAUAUACAACAACUCCAUGCCAUUUACUUAUAAUAGAACUUUAGAAUCUCCUUCUGCAAAAUCACCUUCUAAACAGAAUGUGUAUAACAGUGCUUUGGGGACAAAUACAAAAACAGUAAAAGAGGAGGAGACGGAACUGGCAGAAACGAGCGAGCAAGAUGCGUUGGAUAGGAAAAGAAGUUCGAAAAACCUGGAGGAAGCACUGUCCGAGCUAGAAGCGAUAUAUAACAGUUUACGUCUAGGAGACGAAGAUCUUCUCGAUCGAGCUGAACGACGUAGCAUGGAGGAGUUCAGUUUACGCAGAGCGAAAACUGACGAUACGGUUGCGUUAAUUUCAGCAGAUUCUCCGGAUAGAACGAAAGACGAUAUGGCUUACAGAAGAAUGCAUCCGAAAGAACGACCUGCAUCCUUGUCGGAGGUAAUCGGUCAAUCGGCGCUCUCAAAUAUCAGCUACUUGAUGGCCUCGCCAGUUUUGUCACGUAAAGACGUAACCGCCGAUUAUCCGUAUUCAUCGGUUGUGGAUUAUCCGGUGCGCAAAGACGUACCGGAUGUGACACGCGACGAUGUCGUUUAUCGGAGCAUUAAUUAUGCUAACAAAACGUUAAAAGUGGCAGACCCGCAGCCACCGUUCGGAAUACCUUUGGGGCCUGUAACCACCGCCACGGAAAGCGACUAUCUGCAUACAACGCCGACCAAACUAGAUUAUCCUCGUUCGUCGUACAUACCGCAGUGCGAGCCUGACAUCGUUACAGACGACUUGGCCUAUCGAAACCUUCGGAAAGAUGCCAACACGACGAAGAAUACCGUCGAAAGUAAAAGCAGCCUCGCGAACGAUCAGGAAAUUGCAUUCGGGACGAAGAAAAAACGAGCCGUUAGGUCUCUGUCCGCUAAUCUGUACGGUUUGAUAAAUCACGAUCGAAUUCAUCUUCGUAGAGAACCGAGCCUCCAGGAGAUCAAGGACGAGAUCAGCGACGCGGUGGUCGAUAUCAAAUCGUUGCCUGUGCGACCAGAUUCUUUCAGACGCGUUGUCAGCGACGGUGAGCUCUCCGAUUAUGACACUCGAUGGCGCACAGAGGGCUCGUUGAAAAACAGCAAAACCGAUAUAAAUGGAAAUCAUUCGUUCCCGAACGUGGACCGAAAGAAACUCCGCGUUUACGUUUCGGAAUCUACCAAAGUGCAAAGUACGAAGAACGAGGAAAACGCGGGAGCACGGAACACUGUGCCGUCCAAUGACAUACUGUCGAAAGCAAUGAACAAUGAAUUCUGGCAAGAUAGUUUGCAGUCAAAAUCCAAUAAGUCGUCCAAUACGGAUACCGAGUCAGAUUUCACCGCAUAUAGUCGUUUGUGCCAAGAUUUAGUUAAUUUAAUCGAAGGACAGGACAACGUGGACGCCGAGCCGAUCAAAGGAACGACUGAUGUUGAUUUAGAGCAAUCUCCGAGAACAGAUAUUCUGGAUGAGGAUACCAAAGUCGAUAACUCCUCGGUUUUGCGUAUUCAGUCUUUGGGAAGCCAUUACUCGGAACAUAACGAGGAGAAUCGUAAAGAAAUCACGAACAACGGGGACAUUGAAAGACUGACAGAAUCCAUUUCUAAUCCCAAGAACGAAGAUGUUAAGAACUUGGACGAGAAUGCGUAUGACUUCUCUCUGCGUGUCGCGGUUGAUAGUAUCAAAGUAAUUGCGGACGCGUUGAGCAGCUUGGCGGAUGGCUGCUUACGUGAUGAACGUUCAAGCCGAAAGAAUUCGCUGACGUCGCGGUGUUCUGAAAUAGACACCGAUAGUACGGUGCCCAACACCAGCACGCGUAGCUCCGUCACAUGCAGUUCGGACGACGCAAACGACGACCCGUGUGGCUCGUCGAAGCCCAUUGAUAUAUUGCAGGUAGCACCGGAAGAAGAUGCAACGAUAAAUACAGAGGAGAACCGCGAGAAAGUUAAACCGGAAGAGGCAACGGAUAAUUCGAACGUCGACCCAGAACUCGAUUUGACCAAAGCUGUUCACGAUUUACAAUUAGCCGCGGCUAGUUUUUGCAAACACGAGAAAGAGAUCGAAGAAUUAGAGGCAUGGCUAAAGAAGGACGCGAGCGAUAACGUUCCUUGUACUUCUAACGUUACGAUCGCAGAGAAAGAUUAUUUGUUGGCCUCUGAAAAUAAGCCAGCGUUAGAAAGCGAAAGAAAAGAAAUAGAUUGCGACAAAGAGGAGACUGUAGUAUCGACUGAUGUUAAGUUGCAGACUGAUGAACAUGACCCAAAUUGCGAAGGUGAGAGCAUAGAAUGCAAAAAUAUUUGUGGACUGCACGACAUCAACAUCGUUCGUACGUCUGGAAUGCGUGUUUCGUAUGUCACUAACCUCAUAACUGUUACGAUAACUACAUAUUUUAUGGUUUUGCUGGCUUGUUUCCUUGCACUGCUUCUAGCGAUCGUAGCAGCAUCAUGACCGGCUCAUUAACGACAGUGCCUUAACGCAUUUUGUGAUUAGGUUUGAUACAAAGCGGUGUUACACUAUUUUGAGAGGCUAUUAUUAUUUUGAAUUAUGUUACGAAUGUCGUAGGUAUCCUGGCACUUGAUCAUUCAUGACGUGAAACCAUUCUAUACGAGUGCAUAAACUAACCGAUACACGACGUUGUUGAGCGACAUGCGGCAGGACAAUUGAAUUUGUUUAAAGUCGAAUUUCUAUGGACUGUUUG